AAUACCACGCAUUAUUCCAGAAACUUCUUCUUUCCAUUCUAUAUUCCUUUUUCGAAGGUGAAGGUGAAGGUGAAGGUGAAGAAGAAGAAGAAUUGGGGCUCCGAUUGAUUGAUUGAUUGUCCAUUCCAUUGUGUGUUUUGAUUUGGUAGCUGGGGAAAUGGCGGCAUCUUUCUCUAACAACCUGUCGUCUCUCUCCCUCUAUUACCACUCUCCUCUUCCUCGCCCAACCCAACCAUUCAAAACCCUAAUAAUCUCUCCUCGAACUCCCAACCAACGAACACCCAAAUCUAUCUCAAAUUCAUCUCCCUUCAAUGGCCGCGGAAGCUGCAGCUGUAGUUUCAGGCGUUCCUUCAGACCUUCUCUCACAGUCCAGGAAUCUACUCCCCAGAUGAAUGAUGAAGGUGAGGGUCUACCAUCUGAUACCACAAUGUCAGAAAGCAAAGCAGAUCCAAUGCAGACAUCUAGUUUGAAAACACUUAUUAACAUUUACAAGGAAGCGAUACUUGAUGGAGAUGAAAAGAUGAUAUCACAGGUUGAGGCCCUGAUUUGCAAUAUGGAAAAUGAGAAGAAUGAAUUGAUUCAGAAAUUUUCAGCUAUUUCAGCAGAGAUAAAAUCUGGAAAGGAGAAACAUAUCCGUUUACAAGCAGAUUUUGACAACUUUAGGAAAAGAUCAGAAAAAGAGAGGCUGACAAUCCGCAGUGAUGCCCAAGGAGAAGUAAUUGAGAGCCUUUUACCCAUGGUGGACAGUUUUGAAAGAGCAAAGCAACAAAUUAAACCAGAUACAGAAAAAGAAAAAAGGAUUGAUACAAGUUACCAGGGCAUAUACAAGCAAUUUGUAGAAGUCAUGAGAAGCUUGUGCGUGGCCGCUGUACCAACGGUUGGAAAGCCAUUUGAUCCUUCUGUGCACGAGGCCAUUGGCCGGGAGGAGUCCCAAGAGUUGAAGGAGGGAAUUGUAACUCAAGAGUUACGCCGUGGGUUUCUCCUUGGAGAUCGACUAUUAAGACCAGCAAUGGUUAAAGUUUCUUCCGGACCUGGUAAGAAGAAACCAAAUGCAGCUACUGAGAAAUCAACAGCAGCUGCUGCAGGAGUAGAAGACCGGUAGUUGCACCAUUAUGAGCCUAAUUUUGAAGGAGAAACUCAAAUCCCUUGGCAAUCUGUGAGGGAUUUGUGAAAUUUUUUUGUUUAUUGUCUCUAUACACAGCCCUGGCAUAUAUUUUUACGUGAUGGCUAUGUGCUACAUUUGCCUUCAUUGAGGCACUCAAAAUGCAGUCUUCUUUGUCACAUAAUAAAGGUAUUGCCACUCCAUUCGAGAAUUCUAAGCAACAGCAGUUAAAACUUAAGAACAUUAGCUUACUUGUUUGUCAUAUUAGUCUAUCCUUAUCUCAUUGUAAACUAUUUAUUGUUAUUCUAAGUAGUAGACUAGUAAUUGUUUGUUACAUAGUAGACUAGUAAUUGUUAUUGGAACUUCAAAUCAUAAGAUGGUCGGUGGAUUUGCUUUUUGGGUGG